AUGGCGGCGAACAUUGGCGCUAUCGCGCAGCUGCUCGAUGCCACGCUGGAUCCUGGCCAGCAUCGCAAAGCCGAGACCGCCCUCAAGGCCGAGCAGGCCAAGCCCCAGUACUCUCUGAAUCUCCUCAACAUCGUCGCCUCCGACCCUCUCCCCGCCAAAACCCGCCUAUCCGCUGCGUUGGCUUUCAAGAACUUUAUCAGGAACAAUUAUGUGGACGAAGAAGGCAACUAUAAGCUGCCCCAAGAUGAGGUGGUCACAAUCAAGCAACAGCUUAUCGGUCUCAUGAUCUCGUCACCUCCCGCCAUCCAGAGCCAGCUCGGCGAGGCCGUCGCCAUCAUUGCCGACUCCGACUUCUGGCAGAGGUGGGAGACGUUGACAAAGGAUCUCGUCAGCCGUUUUUCGACAACAGACCCAAAGGUCAAUAUUGGUGUAUUAGAGGUGGCACACUCCAUCUUUGUAAGGUGGAGGCCUUUGUUCCGAACGGACGAUCUGUACACAGAAAUCAACCACGUCAUCACGACAAUGGGCGAGCCCUUUAUCCAGCUUCUCAUCACGACCAACACGCAGAUUGAGGCCAAUAGCGGAAACAAGGAGGCUCUCAAGGCUUGGUUCGAAACGCUAAGCCUGCUGGUCAAGAUCUUUUACGACUUGUCGUGCCACGAUAACCCCCUACUCGAGACGGACGAUGACGCCGAAGCCUCCAUCGUCGAUACGGUCAAGGCGGAUAUCUGCGAGGCCCUCGAGCUGUACACGGUCAAGUUUGACGAGGAUUUCUCCAAAUACUGCGGCCCGUUCAUCACGAAUGUGUGGGAGCUUUUGUCGAGCAUGGGGCCCGAGACCAAGUACGACCACGUCGUAAGCAAGGCGCUGCACUUUUUGACCGCGGUAGCGUCCACCAAAGACCACUCGGGCAACUUUAACAACGAGGACACCUUGUCGCAAAUUGUCGAAAAGGUCAUUCUUCCCAACGUGGCACUCCGCGAGUCGGACAUCGAACUCUUCGAGGAUGAGCCUAUCGAGUUCAUCCGGCGAGACCUGGAAGGGUCGGAUACCGAUUCUAGGAGGAGAUCUGCUACCGACUUUUACGGAAACUCCAGGAGAAAUUCGAGGGGCAAGUCGGACUGGAAGGCCAAGGACACGGCCAUCUACCUCUUCAUCUCGAUUGCGGCCAAGGGUGCGGUGACGGCGGCGCAGGGCGUCAAGACGAUCAACUCGCUCGUCAACGUUGUCGAGUUUUUCCAGCAGCACAUUGCCGCGGACCUCAUGUCGGACAGCGCGGAGCCCAUUGCCAAGGUGGACGCGAUCAAGUACCUGCACACGUUCCGAAGCCAGCUCUCCAAGGACCAGUGGAGGGACGCGUUCCCGCACCUCAUCAAGAACAUUGGCUCCAGCAACUAUGUCAUCUAUACCUACGCCGCCAUUGCCGUCGAGCGCCUCCUCUUCCUCGCCGACGACAACGGGGUGCAAAUGUUUACCCGGGCCGAUGUCGAGGGCUUCGCCAACGAGCUCCUCGAGAGGUUGUUUGUCCUGAUUGAGCGGGAGCCCACGCCAGCCAAGCUCCAGGAGAACGAGUUUUUGAUGAGAUGCGUGAUGAGGAUUCUCAUUGUGAUCAAGGAUGGCGCCGCCGCGAUCCUCGACGGCGUCCUGCAGCACCUGAUUGCCAUUACCAAUAUCAUGAAGCAGAAUCCUAGCAACCCCAGGUUCUACUACUACCACUUUGAGGCCAUUGGCGCUCUGGUGCGGUACUGCUCGGGGAGCAAGGCGGACGUGCUCAACGCGAAGCUUUGGGAGCCUAUUCAGCUCAUUUUUACCGAGGACGUCACUGAAUUCAUGCAGUAUGUUCUCCAGAUUCUCGCGCAGCUCCUGGAAUCAAGCCCCGACAGCUCCAUCUCGGCCAACUUUGGAGCGCUGCUUGACCCGAUUCUCAACCCGCCCAUGUGGGAAGUCAGGGGCAACGUUCCAGCGCUGGCCCGUCUCCUUGCGGGGCUCAUCCCCAGAGCGAGCAAGGAAAUCAUUGGUGGAGACAAGAUGAACCAGCUCUAUGCAUUUGACAUCCUCGAGGCGACUGUCAAGGCGUACGAAGGCAACGUCCUCGACAACUACUUUGCCACGAUUCUCGAGCUCCUAUUUAAGAAGCUUCAAAACAACCCCGCAGAAUCGUUCAAGCUGCGAUUUGUGCGCCUGUUCCAUCUGGUGUCAGCCCGGCUCGAGGCGGGAUACGGCACGGAUUACUUUAUCAAGCACGCCAACAAGCUCCAGGACAACCUCUUCAAGCAGUUGUACCCCGCCAUCAUCCUGAUGGAGAGCGACAAGCUCGCGCGGCCGGUAGACCGAAAGCUUGCCGUGGUAUCCUACACCAAGACUCUUUGCGAGUCUAGGGCGUUUGCGGAUGAAUUCAAGAAGGGCUGGGCCAACACGUGCAACAAGCUCAUCAUGCUCUAG